AUGCCGGAACCCAUCAUCUCCCUCAACAAUACGGGUCUUCAGGAGAUGCCUUUUCCUUCAACGGAAUACAACAAGCUUCCUCAUAUUCACACUAUGGCGGAUGCAGCAGCCAACCACUCGAAGGCUCAUGCUAUUCUUCUUGGAAUCAUAGCGGCUCAUAGGCUAAACAAAAUCUUCACUCUCCAUCUGGUCCAUAAACAUUUUGACAUUCCGGAGGGACGCUGCGUGGUUUACGAGAACAUCCAGAGAAAAGAUCAUGAUGAUUUCGUUCUAUGCAGCCCCAGGCUUCCAGAAAACUGCUCGGAUGUGCGUGGCCUUUACUUCAAGGUGACCGCCGAGGGAAAUAUGGUCGCCUACGAGUUCACGACAGAACCAGGUGCUGACCUUUCUGCGUACGAAGACUUCGUGGCUGAAUUCUCUUCGACUGUGAUCGAACUUGGAGUUCAGAACGUAUUCGCUCUUACUGCUCUGUCGAUCUGUCCAAAAAACAAGAUAUUAACAGAGUUUGAGUUAUCUCAAGUCCUCUCCACAGUCUUGGUUUCUGAUGCUUCGUGGCUGCCGGCCCAGGACAAGGCAAAAUCUACAUCUACAGAUUGGGCUGCAACACAGGACUAUGCAAAAUAUGCAGAGGGUCCAGUGCCUGGAAUUAUCCAACUGAAGUGUACGCAAACCAAAGCCGGCAACCAUUACAAUGUCACGUGCAGUACAACCAGAUCGGGGAAACAUUACGAGCAAAAAAAAAAAAAAGGGUGGCCCUUUUUUUGGCGGAGAGCCUGA